CGGCUCCGCACACCCAAGAUGGCGGCGGUGGAGCUGGAGUGGGUGCCCGAGACGCUCUAUAACACGGCGAUCUCGGCCGUGGUGGACAGCUACGGGCGGGCGCGGCGCCGCGACAUCCGCUCGCUGCCCGAGAACAUCCAGUUCGACGUCUACUACAAGCUCUACCAACAGGGCCGCUUAUGCCAGCUGGGUAGUGAAUUUUGUGAACUAGAAGUUUUUGCUAAGGUGCUGCGAGCUUUAGAUAAAAGACAUCUGCUUCAUCAUUGUUUUCAAGCUUUGAUGGACCAUGGAGUUAAAGUUGCUUCUGUAUUGGCCUAUUCGUUCAGUAGACGGUGCUCAUACAUAGCAGAAUCCGAUUCUGCUGUAAAAGAAAAAGCAAUCCAGAUUGGCUUUGUUUUAGGCGGCUUCCUAUCAGAUGCAGGAUGGUAUAGUGAUGCUGAGAAGGUCUUUCUUUCCUGCCUUCAGUUAUGCACCCUUCAUGAUGAAAUACUCCACUGGUUUCGCGCAGUAGAAUGCUGUGUAAGGUUGCUGCAUGUUCGAAAUGGGAACUGUAAAUAUCACUUGGGAGAAGAAACAUUUAAACUAGCUCAGUCUUACAUGGACAAGCUUGCAAAACACGGUCAGCAAGCAAACAAAGCAGCACUCUACGGGGAGCUGUGCGCACUGCUUUUUGCCAAAAGUCACUACGAUGAGGCUUAUAAAUGGUGUAUAGAAGCUAUGAAGGAGAUCACAGUUGGUCUGCCUGUAAAAGUAGUAGUGGAUGUUUUACGGCAAGCUUCAAAGGCUUGUGUUGUAAAACGUGAGUUUAAAAAGGCUGAACAGCUGAUAAAACAUGCAGUAUAUCUUGCCCGGGAGCAUUUCGGAGCCAAACACCCCAAAUAUUCUGAUACACUACUAGACUAUGGAUUCUACUUGCUCAACGUAGACAAUAUAUGUCAAUCUGUUGCGAUCUACCAGACAGCUCUUGAUAUCCGGCAGUCAGUAUUUGGAGGUAAAAACAUACAUGUAGCCACAGCUCACGAAGACUUGGCUUAUUCUUCUUAUGUUCACCAGUACAGCUCUGGAAAAUUUGACAAUGCACUAUUCCAUGCUGAACGUGCUAUUGGCAUUAUAACUCACAUUCUCCCAGAAGACCAUCUUCUCUUGGCGUCUUCAAAGAGGGUUAAAGCACUUAUCCUGGAGGAGAUUGCAAUAGACUGUCACAACAAGGAAACUGAGCAGAGAUUACUUCAAGAAGCUCAUGACUUGCAUCUGUCCUCACUCCAGUUAGCUAAGAAAGCAUUUGGGGAAUUUAACGUACAGACAGCAAAACACUAUGGCAACCUUGGGAGACUGUAUCAGUCCAUGAGAAAGUUUAAGGAAGCAGAAGAAAUGCACAUCAAAGCAAUUCAGAUUAAGGAGCAGCUUCUGGGUCAAGAGGACUAUGAGGUUGCCCUGUCAGUGGGACAUCUAGCUUCUCUAUAUAACUACGAUAUGAAUCAAUAUGAAAAUGCUGAGAAGCUUUAUUUGAGAUCCAUAGCUAUUGGAAAGAAGCUUUUUGGUGAAGGAUACAGUGGACUUGAAUAUGAUUACAGAGGUCUCAUUAAACUGUACAAUUCCAUUGGCAAUUAUGAGAAAGUUUUUGAGUACCACAAUAUUUUGGCCAAUUGGAACCGGUUGCGGGAUCGGCAGUUCUCGGUUACAGAUGCCCUGGAGGACGUAAGCACCAGCCCUCAGUCCACUGAAGAAGUGGUCCAGUCUUUUCUCAUGUCUCAGAACGUUGAUGGACAGAGUAGCUAAGGAACUUGGUCAAUUAACCAGUUAAGGGUUUUUUGUUUUGUUUUGUUUUUCCCCAGAUUACAGGGGAAAGUCAUACUGUGAAAUCUAAACCAUGUAGUUCUCUGGGGGCUGGAAUUUGCAUUGAAACACUGGUCCAGUCUGCUGAAGAGUGCCCAUACGGAUGAAUGUGUGUUAAAUUCUUAUCAGCAUGUGUAUGGCAUGUUUAGCUCGGCUCAGAUUUUGAACUUGGUAUUCCGGCAAGCCCGUUCUCUCUUUCUCUCCUUUCAAAAGAAGCUACUUUGCAGGAAGUCUGCAAGAAAACAUUAAAUAAAACCGUUUGAGUCCAAAAGAGUUGCUUGCUUGUUAUGAAUGGAAGGUUUCAUCGAGAGCUUUCUUCUGACAAAUAGAAAGAAUACGUGCUGUCCUGUAAGAAGUUAYGCAAGGAAGGUCUUUCUACUGUAUGCAUUGUAGCAGAGUUCACCACAAACAUUUAAGAAAAGGGAGAAUGCCCUAGCCUUGGCUGCUGCCUUAUGAAGAAAAGUGGCACAGAACCACUUUGGAAAGCAACAUACUCUGUGAACCACAAUAGAUUGCUAAGCAAGUAAUCACCGUAUGUUGUUUUUAAACUCCUGAACUGGACCAGUGUUCAUCUGUAAGUGAUAGAAGAUCCRGUAGACCAGCAAUCUUAGUUUUCUUUGGUACCAACCAAGAGUGCUAAUCUUCAAAACAGGACCAGGAAAACCCGAAGUGGACCAGCCUGCUAGAAAAAGUUUUGGACCAGUGGCUUUAAUUUAAUAUUUCUGCCCCUGCAUUCACUUUUACAGUAGAACUGUUUCAUUUAGAUGUAUGAUCAGUGCAAAAUUAUAUUCAUGUAAUAGAUACAGAACUAGGAAGUGAACGUUCUUUAGCAGUUGCGAUGGCAUGUCUUUAACUAGUAAGCUUCUACGGAUAUUAAUGUCAAUGCCACAAGCAAAAACUAGAAAUGCUUAAGUAUUUGCUGCAGCCAUCUUUUCCUUUUUGAAUGGGCUUAUUCUAAUAAUUGAGGCAGUAACUUGUUUAUACCGGCUGAUAGUUUUGUAUUACAAUCCAGUUCAAUUUUAUGUUUCUGGAGAACACAACUUCUUGUACAGUUUGCAGGGGUCAGCGGAAAAUGCCAAAAAGCACAACAGGUCUUUUUUUGUGAUGCUUCGUUUCUACAUUAAACAAUAGUACAACCAGAAACUGAUUCCUUUAUAUUAAUUUAAAAAGCAGAAGUCAGUUAUAAAAAGCUCCUUGAAUAACGCCUAUCUCACUAGCUUGUCUUAAUUUUUCUUCUGUUUUGUGGGGUCUGCUUUGUUGUGAGGUUUUUUGGUUUGGGUUUUUUUAACGUUGAGGUAAUAUUUGAUUUGAAAGUCUGUGUAACCUAGCAAGCUAGAAACAACUCACUGCUGUUACCUCAGUUCUUAUUAUAGUGGCACAAACGGUGCUCCUAUAGUUAGGAUUCUGUCGGUUUUGGGUUUUCUCCCUUCCUCCCCUAUUUUCAGGGGUUUAUAACUUGGCCGUGACAGUUCAGUCCAAGUUGAGGCUCAGCGAGGGAGGUUCCCACAGGACUCGAACUGGAUAUUUGCUUUGGGAUUUGUUUUUUGUUUGUUCAUAGAGCUCGGGGCAGGAUAAGGUGCCCGAAGCUCUUCAAGAGUGCGGAGAAGAAACAGAAGUUUCAGACACUAUGUAGAGCCUCUUGGCUCUCUUACACGGUGCAGGCAAAUAGUUCGUAUACUAGUGCCUUCAAGUAUCUUUUGGGAGGGAGAGGCUGAAUAAUACCACCUUUUAAAAUGUAGUUAUGUAACUAGUGAAUGCAGCUUUAAUAAUUGCAUAUUUGGGGUAUUUUAAAUGAAGCAUUAGAAAGUAUUUGCCAAAAAAAAAAAAAGAAAGUGUUAACUUAGGCUGCAGUAUAUUCUCAAAGGCUGCUCAGUAAAAAUCCACCUUAAAAUUGUGCAUGGAUUUAAAUUUAAACUACUUUAUAGCUGUUUUUGUUGCUUAUGUGAAUUUUUUACAUACUACAAAUGUAUUUGGCUAACUACAUGCAAAAUGUUUUUAGCCCUGAAUAUUCAUAUAGCAGGGCACUGAAGACUUAUAAAACUUCUGAAUUUUUAGUUCCUAUUAAAACAAAUUAAAAACAAAUAUAUGAUACUAGUACCAGAAUUGAAACGGGGAGCUCUAAGAUUUUCACAGACAAGUUGUAUAAUUUCUGUACUGCAGAACUAAAAAGAACAAAAACAAAACCCUGUGACUGGGUCUGUGGAUUGCUGUUGUCUGGAGAUGCCAUUUCUCAACAUUUUCCACUUGCGUCUCUGCUUCUGGUUUUUGUCGGAAGAACCUCG